AUGGACAGUUCGCAAUCAUCGCCCUCGAAGCGCAGCAGCAUUCCGAUACCGAAACGUAAAACUUCGCUACACCUGUACAUUGCGGGCGGUGGUUCAUCAUCCAAUUCAUCGUCGAACGUCGGUUCGGCUUCGGCUUCGAUAAACGACGAUGAACCUUCGUUCACGCGCAGCAUGCUCGGUUCAUUCGUGCAGGCAGAAUCACCACCCGGUGGAGGCGCCACACCGACCGAGCACGUCCAGCUAAAGGAAACCCAUAACCGGUUGAUGGAAAAGUGCGAACAGUUGGCGAAGCGAAAUGCGUUGUUGGAAAAGUCGAACGAACAGCUCAACUAUAACGUGAAACAGCUUGUUGGCGAUUUGGAAAAUUCGCAACGUGUACUAACGGACUUUACGGAGAAAAACCGUCGCCUUAGGCGCAAGCUGUCCGAAAUCAUUCCAACACCAGCACCCGGCGAAGAAAGUAUCACCGCCAUCGAUGCAGCAGAAAGUGACGAAGAACAACCUGCUGCUGCGACCGCUCGUGUGCUUCCGGGUGCAAGUGCAGCUGGAGCCCAGGUGGUUGGUACUGAAUCGAGCGGCAAAGGUACGGAGGUGGACAGUCUGUUGAACGAGAUGGAAAAGCUUAAAUCCUAUCUGAACAACGUGGAGCUGCAGCUGUACGAGGCGAACGAGAAAAUCUCCGAAUUGUUGGAAAAUAAGCAACAGUAUGAGGAAAACAAUCGAAAGUUGCGGGAGGAGAACGCCGAGUUGAACAAGGUGGCACGGCUUAUGUCACGAAACAUGCUGGAAUCAAUCGAUACUAGUAAAAGGCUCGAAAACACAUUCAUCAAGGUGCAACGUGAGCGUGACCAGCUGGUCCGUCAAAAUCGGGACUCGGUCGAUUCGAAAACGAGCUCCAACGAAGAAAUUCAGAAGAUGCGGUCGGAAAUUGAGCUACAGCGGAAAACCUAUGAAGCACAGUUUAUCGAAUAUAAAAGUCUCAUGAGCGAAGAGCACGAGCGCAAGACGAACGAUCAGAUCGUUGCCCUUGAACUGGAAGUCGAGGGACUUCGGCAGCAGCUGGAUGAAGCAUUGCAGCGGGCCGAGCAGGCCGAAGGGGAGGUCCAAUCGUUGCGCCAGCAGCUCCGGAUCAGCCGGGUCCGUGAGUGGCAAAGUUCCAAUCCUGGUUCCGCGAGCAUCCUCGGAAUUUCUGAAGUUUUGGACAGUGACGAUCCGUUGGCGUCUUUGCUGCGGCGCUGCAGCGUUACCGAAGCUUCCCCGUCCGGCUCGUCCUGUGUGCCGGUCGUGUCAUCCGCACCUGCACUUCCAUUUCUUCCUCCUCCACCACCACCACCACCACCCGCUCCACCGCUGCCGGCUAACAUUUUCGCUAACACCAACCAUCUAACGACUGGCUGUGACCGGGCGCUUGGCUUAAGCGAGGCGAUUUCGCAGCAGAAAUUAAAUCACGUAGCAAUAACGAAUGUAAAUAGUCCGCACCGGGCAACAGGUCUAGAUUCGGUGAUAGCAGAUAUUAAAAGUGGAAAGGUGACGUUAAGGCGACGGCGUCCGAAUCCACCGAAACAUUCCGCCGACGAAGAGGCAACCGGUACCAGCAGCAGUAUUAGGGAUAGUGAACGGGACUACAACCAGAUGAUCGCUCGCAACCCGGGCCUGAAGGAGAUGUACGAAAUUAUGGCGCGCAUGAAACGGCACAACCGGAAAUCGAAAAUCAUCUACGAAUCGGAGCUUGUUGGGCGGGGGAGUGGCAGCGAUGCUGCUGGCCAACAGGACGCAACAGAUGGGGGGGAUCGUGAGACGCGAACACGGCGCACCCGUUUGGUGAUGGAUGUAGUCGAUUUAUGA